AUGCCAAAUGCUCAACAAAUACCUGCCAGUCCCAGUGACUGUGUGCUGCCUUUGCUGCCCACUGCCACCCUUUCGACCGGCCAGACCUCCUCCUGUGGAAGGGGACGUCUGGCGCUGCCCCCACUGCUGUUUCAGGGGGACCUGCCCAGCCAAGCUGAUCCUCCCAAAAGGCAGAAGUCUCGGACCCUGGUGCGGAGAGGGGAGAAAGCUGGUCUCUCGCCUAGAAACCCAGAGUCUCUUCUCCUCAGCGUGCAGGCACCUCCAAAAGCCAUACCAAAGACUAUUGAAAAUCAGAGAGUGUACGAUGAAACAACUGUAGAUCCCAACGAUGAAGAGGUUGCUUUUGAUGAAGCAACUGAUGAAUUUGCACCGUACUUCAACAGACAGACAGUUCCCAAGAUUCUUAUUACAACAUCAGACAGACCUCGUGGGAGAACAGUGAGAUUCUGUGAACAACUGUCUACUGUCAUACCUAACUCGCAUGUCUACUAUCGAAGAGGACUGGCUUUGAAAAGAAUUAUUCCACAGUGUAUUGCAAGGGACUUCACGGAUUUAAUCGUCAUUAAUGAAGAUCGCAAAAUACCAAAUGGUCUUGUUUUAAGCCAUUUGCCUGAUGGUCCAACUGCUCAUUUUAGAAUGAGUAGUGUCCGUUUGCGUAAAGAAAUAAAGCGAAAAGGGAAAGAGCCCACAGAACAGGCAGCUGAAGUAAUCCUGAAUAAUUUUACAACACGGCUCGGCCAUUCUAUCGGUCGCAUGCUUGCUUCUCUCUUCCCACAUGAUCCUCAGUUCAUCGGAAGACAAGUAGCCACAUUUCACAACCAGCGAGACUACAUCUUUUUCAGAUUCCACAGAUAUAUCUUCAAGAGUGAAAAGAAGGUGGGAAUUCAAGAACUUGGGCCACGUUUUACAUUAAAGUUGAGGUCUCUUCAAAAAGGAACUUUCGAUUCCAAAUUUGGAGAAUAUGAAUGGAUUCACAAGCGCCGAGAAAUGGACACAAAUAGAAGAAAAUUUCACUUAUAAGGGACAGCCAUCUGCCAGUUGCUGGUGACCAGAAAUACAACAGCUGCCUUGCACUAUGGAUUGUCUCAGACUCCUAACUAACGAUAACGAUACUGAACAGUAUUUGUCUGAAGAAAGACAAACUGCAAACAUUAAAACUUUUUACAGGAACCAAUCAAGUGGGACGCAUCUUUCUUCCUAUGUUUGUGGCUAAAUCCAACAUGACAAGGACAGUGACUCUUUUUCCAGUUUAGCAGGCGAAACGAUGGCACUGUCAGCGCAGCUUGUCAUUUAGCUAUCACUGUAGAUUUGCCAUGACUGCUGCUGUGCUGUAGAGAUAAAUUACAUUUUGCAACAUCAAAGAAUAAAUAUUUUGGUUAAAGAUAUUCUCAGAAUAAAGUAUUUCUAGUUAUGCAGCUUUUUUUUCUGUUAAGCAACUAACCCCAGACAUCUUC